ACAAUGAGUGCAGGCUCUGUUGAGCAGGAGCCCUCUCGGAAGCUGGCCUGCUGCGGUGUGCCGCUCAUCACUGAGGACAUGCAGUCUCUGGCCAUCCGCACACUUUCCGGCACGGACAUCAACAAACACUACGACCUCAUCCGUGAGCUGGGAAAAGGAACGUACGGCAAGGUGGACCUUGUCUCCCACAAGAGCACAGGCACCAAGAUGGCACUUAAGUUUGUCAACAAGAACAAGACCAAACUGAAGAACUUCCUGAGAGAGUUCAGCAUCACCAAUACACUGUCCUCAAGCCCAUUCAUCAUCAAGGUCUUCGAUGUGGUCUUUGAGACGGAGGAGUGCUAUGUCUUUGCCCAGGAAUACGCACCUGGAGGAGAUCUCUUUGACAUCAUUCCACCACAGGUGGGGCUUCCAGAGGACAUGGUGAAGCGCUGCGUGCAGCAACUGGGCCUGGCACUAGAUUACAUGCACAGCAAGAACUUGGUGCACCGGGACAUCAAGCCAGAAAAUGUGCUCCUCUUUGACCGUGACUGCCGGCGUGUCAAGCUGGCGGACUUUGGCAUGACACGCAAGGUGGGCUGCCGGGUGAAGCGCAUCAGCGGGACCAUCCCGUACACAGCGCCCGAAGUGUGUCAGGCCGGCCGGGCCGAGGGCUUCACUGUGGACACCAGUAUUGAUGUGUGGGCUUUCGGGGUGCUCAUCUUCUGUGUGCUAACAGGCAACUUCCCCUGGGAGGCUGCCUCCGCUUCAGACACGUUCUUCGAGGAGUUUGUGAGGUGGCAAAAGGGACGCCUGGCUGGCCUGCCCUCCCAGUGGCGCCGAUUCACGGACAAUGCACUGCGAAUGUUCCAGCGCUUGCUGGCCCUCGACCCAGAAAAGCGCUGCCCCGUGAAGGAGGUCUUCUUCUUCAUCAAGUAUGAUCUGAUGUCAGAGGUCCGCCGCCGGCCCUCGUAUCGCUCCCGCAAGCACACUGGGGACAAGCUUUCUGCUGGCCCUCACCGCCACGAGACGCCCAGCACCUGCACCCCGACUCCUCUUAAGAGGACCAUCCUGACAGAAGGCAGUGUCUCCCGGCUGUCUGCCUCAGAGCCCGGCCUCCCGUCCCCAGGGGCAGGGAGCAGAACUGACGGGCGUCAGGACAAAGGCAAAAGCCAGAUGCUGCUGGCCACCGCCAUCGAGAUCUGCGUCUGA